AUGCAGAUCAAGGGCAACAUCUUCUUUGUGGUGAGUUUCACUUCCCUUCGCACAUACAUCACAUCUCGUAAACGCUAACGUCGCCAACAUGAUCAUCCUCGCUGCUUCAAUUGGUCUCGCGCAUGGACUCGCCGCUUCCACGUUCGCCAACAGACUGGUGGUGGAUCAGGCCUGGGAUUGGCAACAGCCAAAGAGCUCGCAUCAAAAGGAGCUCUAGUCGGUAUCAUGGACUACAACGAAGACUCGGGCACAGCUCUGGCGAAGGAGCUCGGCGCCGACCGUGCUUUCUUCGCUCUCGUCGACAUCAGGGAGGAGAACCAAGUCUCAUCCGCGAUUGAGAAGACGUGCGAGCAUUGGAAAGGGAAGAAGGUUGGCGGGGUCGUGCAUUGCGGUGGUGUGGGGAUGGCCGGCAAGGUGCGUUUCGGAUCGAUCUUGGCUCGGCGAGUAGCAGUCCGGAAAUUUCAGUCCGGGGACGCAGAAGCUGACUUUCCUAGGCAAAUCGCCCCCAUUAUGUCUCAACAGACGAUCCAAGGCGACGGUUCUCCCUUCCCUCUCGACAUCUUCCAAGACGUCAUUGCCAUCAACCUCACGGGCUCCUUCAUCGUCGCCCGCUUGGUCGCCGCCAAGAUCGCGUCGAUGCACCCGCCCCCACCACCGGCCAAAUCCGAAAGCCCUCUGACCGAGGAUCGCGGAGUCAUCAUUAUGACCAGUAGUGUCUCUGCUACGGAAGGUCAGAUGGGCCAAGUCGCCUAUGCGAGCUCCAAGGCGGGCGUGGAAGGGCUGGUCUUGCCGAUGGCUCGAGAUUUGGCUCGAUACGGUACGUCGAAACGUCGAAACAAAUUCUUACCAUUUUUUUUCGUCCAAUCGGUCACAAGUGAAAUAUCCCGCUCUGACAAGUAUUCUGCUCUAUCAGGUAUUCGAGUCGUCUGCAUCGCUCCUUCACUCUUCGCCACCGCGAUGGGGGCCGGCACGCCCGAAAAAGUCAAGAAAGGUCUACUCUCGUCGACCUUGUUCCCGCCUCGUUUUGGCGAGUCGCACGAGUACGCCCACCUCGCCGUCGCCAUCAUUGGGAAUCAAAUGCUCAAUGGAUCUAGUACGUCCCCCCUGAGGCUGGCUGGUAGACAUUCGCUUCGGGCAAUGCUGAUACUAUGUUUCCUUUGCGUGACCCUUCGCAGCGAUCCGUCUCGAUGGUGGUUCAAGAAUGUCCAAAUUUUAA